AUCAAACGAACGUAUCAUAAGUGCAGUGGUCAAAAGAUAACAAAUUUCAUUAAUGGGUUCAUUAUCACUUGUGGUUUCGAGUAAAACGGACGUACAGAGUUUUUGAGGAAAGCUUAAUAAUUUACAAUGCCAUUGAUAGAUCCUGUAGUUUUGGUGCAUGGAGGAGCAGGAGAUAUUCCCGCCGAACGAGUAGAGGGAAAACUGGUGGGCGUAAAGCGCGCAGUCAGAAUCGGCUAUGAAAAACUUAGCACAACGGGCUGCGUUCUGGAUGCGGUCGAAGAGGCCGUUCGAAGCAUGGAGCUUGAUCCGUUUUUUAACGCGGGUUACGGUUCCGUUUUGACCACGGAAAUGGAGGUGGAAAUGGAGGCAAGCAUCAUGAACGGGGCCACACUGCAGGCCGGAUGUUGCUCGCUGGUUAAGGACAUUAUGCAUCCGGUAAGUUUGGCCAGGAGGGUUAUGAAAACUCCUCAUAAUUUUCUGGCUGGAAAUGGAGUUAUGCAGUUUGCAAAGGAGGAGGGCUUUGAUAUUCUUUCUCCUCCGGGACAACUCGUUACGGACUAUGCACGGGAGGCUUUAGAAGAGUGGAAGGAGGGACAGCGUAGAGAGAUAGAGUUUGCUCGAACAGAGAUAGGAUCUUCAAACAAGUACAACAAAGCAGAGGUCGGCACCGUUGGGGCAGUAGCCAUCGAUGCCAAUGGUAAUAUAGCCGUUGCGACUUCAACUGGCGGCAUCACUGGUAAGCUACCAGGUCGCGUUGGGGACACUCCGCUGGUUGGAGCAGGGACGUACGCGGAUAAUCGCGUUGGUGGCGUGUCAACAACUGGUCAUGGAGAAACUAUCAUGAAAUAUUGUUUGGCACACGAUAUUCUCAAAAGGAUUGACUUCCUUGGGGAAAAUGCUCAAGUAGCAACGGAAAACGCGUGCAAAGAAAUGACUGAAAAACUGACCGGUACCGCAGGUGCCAUCACCAUAGACUCCCAUGGCCAAGUUGGCGUUUCAUUUACAUCUCAACGUAUGGCUUGGGCCUACACCAAAGGAUCGACGGUUGCUUAUGGAAUCGAACAAAACCAACACCUUGAAGAAGCGUUACAGAUCUGAAACUUACCGAGAAUCCAAUCGGCGAUAUUUGUGACUGGACAAAAGACUGAACUUGAAGUGAUCAAACUGCCUUCCCAUGUUACGGUGCAUUUUCGGUUGUUUUAAUUUUAAUUACAAAGCACAUCAGUAA